GUUAGCUUUUUGCCAGUUCAAAUGCUGGCGCCGGUUGGAAGAGUUGAGUGCUGAUCGAGCGCACAAUCCGCGACUAGCUCUGCCAUUUCUCCACUUUCGCGAGUGUGAACUAUCUGUGCCUGCUCUGCUCCCAGGAAGAUGAAACUUGCCUGAGCCACGAUCCAGAGGAACUCUUUACAUCUUCGUUGAACAUAAAGUGGGAUAGAUUGAGGAAUAGAUCAAUAUGGCAGUGGACUACGUUUUGGAGGACCUCAUGGGCAAACUGGGGGAGUUCGGAAAGUACCAGUUCCUGCAGUUCUUCCUCCAGGUGCUGUCCGCCCUCACCGCGGGCUUGCACAUGCUCUCCCUGGUGACGGUGGCGGCCGUGCCGGACCACCGCUGCUUCAUCGAGGGCCUGGACAAUAGCAGCUUGUCCACGGGCCCCUGGAACUCCAGCGACAUUUUGGCAGCCAUUCCUCUGAAGCCCAGCGGCGAGCUGGACUCGUGCCACAUGUACGAUCCCGCAGCACCGGGCGCCAACUCCACCAUUGCCUGCACCAGCUACGUCUACGACACGACCUACUACAAGACCUCCCGCACCAUCGACUGGAACUUCGUCUGCGAUCGCCGCUGGAUGGGGGCCAUUGUCCAGACCGUGUUCAUGCUGGGCGUCUUCACGGGAGCAGUGACUCUGGGCGGCCUGGCCGACAAGGUGGGCCGGAAGACGGUCUUCUGCUGGUCGGCUCUUUUCCAGUUGAUCAUUGGCGUGGGGGUGGCCUUCAUUCCUGAGUACUUCUCCUUCAUGGCGGCGCGCUACCUGCUCGGCAUUGUGGGAUCCGCCGGAGCCUACAUCUGUGGCUUUGUGCUCACCAUGGAACUGGUGGGCCCCAGCAAACGCACCGUGUGCGGAAUCACUUUCCAGGCCGUCUUCGCCGGAGGCAUCAUGCUGGUAGCCGGCUGGGGAGCCCUCAUCCACGACCGUCAGUGGCUGCAGGUGGUCUACGGCCUGCACGGCUGCCUGUUCCUGGGCCACUGGUGGUGGCUCGACGAAUCUCCGCGCUGGCUGUGGAUGCAGGGCCGUGCCGCCGAGGCCGUGGACAUCGUGGCGAAGGGCCUGCGGAUCAACGGCUCUGGCAUUCCCGUGGACAAGGAGUACUACGUGCAGAAGGCCAAGCAGCAGGCUGCCGCGGAGGAGAAGUCCAGCGCCGGACUGAGCGACCUCUUCCGGACGCCCAACCUCCGGAUGAAGACCCUGAACGUGUGCCUCUGCUGGUUUGCCAACUCCCUGGUGUACUACGGCCUGUCGCUGAGCGCCGGAAAGCUGUACGGUAAUCCGUACCUGAUUCUGUUCAUCCUGGGCCUGGUGGAGUUCCCCAGCUACAUCACCAUUGUGUUCGUCCUGGAUCGCCUGGGUCGCCGGUCCAUCACCUCCACCCUGAUGCUGGGCGGAGGGCUGUGCUGCAUCGUGGCUGCCUACAUAGCCCAGGGCAGUACCACCUCCACGGCCGUGGUGAUGGCUGGAAAGCUCCUCAUCGCCGGAUCCUUCGCCGUCAUCUACAACUACUCCGCGGAACUGUUCCCCACCGUGGUCCGCAACUCGGCCAUGGGCUUGGGCUCGAUGUGCGCCCGUCUGUCCGGUGCCCUCACUCCUCUCAUCACUCUCCUCGAUUCCUUCGACCCGAAGAUCCCGGCUGUUCUGUUCGGAGUGGUUGCAUUGGUGUCCGGUUUCUGGGUCAUGUUCCUGCCGGAGACAAUGAACCAGCCCAUGCCGGAGUCCAUCGAGGACGGCGAGAACUUCGGCAAGGGCGACACCUGGUUCAGCCAGUGUGCCGGCCGGAAGCAGCGCCAGGACAGCGUCUAUCCGGAGGACCCCGAACAGAUGGUGCCGCUCAAGACGAUCGAGAGCAAGUGAGCCCGACCCCGAGGCCAAAGCAGUUCACAUUCCUUGUUACCCUGUUGUUUGUUUUUAAGCGACCUACUCCUCUGUCUAGAUUCUAGAAGUAAGUCUCAGAAUUUUCUUAGCACUUUCCGAGUAAAUAAAGUAAGUUUAAAAUUUAAACUGUAA